UACAUUAUGUCACUGACAGCCCUGUCAGCAGUGAGGCAAAUGUGAAGAGCUGCACCUUUCCUUGCGUCUAUCCGUUGACGAGGAAGUUCAGCAAAUUCAGAAGUGUCGAUUGGCAGUAUUUGUUUAAAUCGGAGCCUUAGCACACCUAUAAUUAUGGCUGAAGCGGAUAUUGCCCUUAUUGGCCUGGCAGUGAUGGGUCAGAACCUGAUACUGAACAUGAAUGACCAUGGCUUUGUGGUGUGCGCGUACAACAGAACGGUCUCGAAGGUGCACGACUUCCUGAAGAAGGAGGCCAAAGGCACGAAGGUGGUGGGCGCGGAGUCGUUGGAGGACAUGGUGUCCAAGCUGAAGACCCCCCGCCGCAUCGUGCUGCUGGUGAAGGCGGGCCAGGCUGUGGAUGACUUCAUCGAGAAGCUCGUUCCUCUUCUUCAACCUGGGGACAUCAUCAUUGAUGGUGGCAACUCUGAGUACAGAGACACAACUCGGCGGUGUAAGAGCCUGAAGGAGAAGAACCUGCUGUUUGUGGGCAGCGGGGUGAGUGGGGGGGAGGAGGGCGCGCGCUACGGUCCCUCACUCAUGCCCGGGGGCCACAAGGAGGCCUGGCCACAUAUCAAGGACAUUUUCCAAGGCAUCGCUGCCAAGGUUGGAACAGGGGAGCCGUGUUGUGACUGGGUGGGAGACGAGGGUGCGGGGCACUUUGUGAAGAUGGUUCAUAACGGAAUCGAGUACGGAGACAUGCAGCUCAUAUGUGAGGCCUACCACCUGAUGAAGGACGUGCUGGGCAUGGAUCACGACGAGAUGGCACAGGCCUUCACUGACUGGAACAAGACAGAGCUCGACUCCUUCCUCAUAGAGAUCACUGCCAACAUUCUCAAGUACAGAGACUCAGACGGGACACACCUGCUGCCCAAAAUCCGAGACAGCGCUGGACAGAAGGGCACGGGGAAGUGGACGGCCAUCUCUGCCCUGGAGUACGGCACGCCCGUCACCUUAAUCGGUGAGGCGGUGUUUGCCAGGUGUCUCUCCUCUCUGAAAGAGGAGCGUGUUGAAGCCAGCAAGACCCUCAGCGGCCCCCGGGGGGCCAAGUUCAGCGGGGACAAAGCCACAUUCCUGGAGGACAUCAGACAGGCUCUCUAUGCCUCCAAGAUCAUUUCCUACGCCCAGGGAUUCAUGCUGCUCCGACAGGCAGCCAAGGAGUUCUCCUGGUCCCUCAACUACGGAGCCAUCGCUCUGAUGUGGAGAGGGGGCUGUAUCAUCCGUAGUGUUUUCUUGGGAAAAAUCAAGGAGGCUUUUGACCAGGAUCCAGAGCUUCAGAGCCUUCUGUUGGAUGGCUUCUUCAGUAACUCUGUGCAGGACUGCCAGGACUCCUGGCGUCGAGUGGUGAGCACUGGUGUCCUUCAGGGCAUCCCUAUGCCUUGCUUCAGUACGGCUCUGUCCUUCUACGACGGCUACAGACACAACAUGCUCCCAGCCAACCUGCUCCAGGCUCAGAGGGAUUAUUUUGGCGCACACACUUAUGAGCUACUGUCGAAGCCUGGGCAUUUCAUCCACACCAACUGGACCGGGCUCGGAGGGACCGUCUCGUCCUCCUCGUACAAUGCCUAAGGGGCGUCCCGGGAGAACACGGACGAGGGCGAACUCACCCCGCGGGUAUCAAACGAAAAAAAGACCGACUGAGAAACGCGAGAAGACGCGUCACACAUUCCUUUUCUGAAAAGAUAGAAAAAGUGCUUCGAUCAGAACGCAGUAGAGACAAGCUAAAGCCACUAUUCUGUUUAAUUUAUGAUGAAAUGGGAAUACGAUCAUAGUGUGUGUUUCUGUGUGUAAACAUUUUUGUCCCCCAGUUCGUCCCCCUGUUUUGCCCCCUUAAAGUCUAGUCGUAGCGCUUUUUUCUGCAUUUACACAACAAGGGGGAUGACCUUUCCCCCUGAAACUGCACUGUCUUCUGGAUGUUUAUUUCUGAUCAUGUGUGCCCCAGAGUUCAGUGCGUGUGUGAGAUUAAGGUUAACUGUUGCACUAUGCUAGCCUAAAUAAAGAUUUAAAUCCCUUUUUAA